AUUCAAGGGGGUAUUUGAAGUCACGUGUUGUAAUCAUGCCGAUCAAGAGUCAAUCGCGGUGGCGUUAGGUCACGAAUGAGAGCAGUGUGGAUUAAUUUAGCAAUUUGCUUUCCUUCUGUCUUCGAAUGAGAUAUUGUCAUACUUGAGUCGUCGCUGCAGAAUGGCAUAAAAGACUCGGUAAGGACCGGAAGUCAUCAUCAUCUGUUAUUUUGGUUUGUGAGCACUGAACGUUAUUCUCUAUCGACUGAUAAAUUCCUGUCACAACUGAUCUUUCGUUCGAUUUACGACAAAGUUCAUUGUGACCACUUGGAUAAACUGACAGCUGAAUCCUCCGCCUUACAUGCUAAAAUAUUUCACAUUAAGCCAUGAGCAACCUUGGCAAGAAGUCGAAAUGGAAUUUGUCGGUUUUCAUAACAAAUUUAAGCACCGAAAAGUCGGUUGAAGUGAAUGGAGAAACUCAUGUUGGCAAAUUAAUGCUGGACCUCGUUGAAGGGCUAGAUAUAGCAGCCGACUGGUCCGAUCAUGGGUUAUGGUGGCCUCAAAAACGACAGUGGCUGCUUAAACCUCGAUUGACACUAGAUACCAUUGGUGUUCAAGGAGAUGCGGUUCUACAGUUUACUCCAACGCAUAAAAAAGUUCGAGUACAGUUACCAGACCUGCAGUACGUUGAAGUCUCAUUGGAUUUUUCCAAGCCCAUUUUUCACGCCGUGCAAGAACUUUGUGCCGAACUUGGAAUCAGGCAUCCCGAAGAACUCUCUCUGUUGAAACCAUACGAAGGGUUGAGAAAAGAAGGCCGGAGAAGCUUUCGUGGUAAAUUAAAGAAGAGACAUUCGCAGUCUUCGCUUAGUUCGGACGACAAUUUAUCUACUAAUAGCGACGACAAAACGAGAGGAAGCAAAGAUAGUUUAACAGUUCCAAAUUAUAAUUCGCUUCCCAGGCACGGUUACUCCUCACCGAAUGGCACCCUAAACGCGUCAUCACCGGUUGGUUAUUCAAGUUUUACGUCUGAUGGGUCUUGUGGAACGAUCGAAUCAACAGCAUUAGCGAGCAGCCCAGUCUCUCCAUCAAUUGAAGCUAUUUCAGCAUUAUUUAAACCCAAAACGCUACAAGAAAAAGCUGUUGUCAACAAAGGAUGGAUGGACUCUUCAAGAUCUUUAAUGGCACAGGAAGUUGCAGAAUUUUCCACGCUCCUGUUGAGAUAUAAGUACUAUGCAUUCUUUGACCUAAACCCAAAGGUUGAUGAAGUGAGAAUCAAUCAGCUGUAUGAACAAGCUAAGUGGUCAAUCUUGACAGAGGAAGUAGAGUGUACUGAGGAAGAGAUGUUGACGUUUGCCGCCAUACAGUUUCAAGUGAAGUUAACGUCAACUUCACCACAGAGCCAGGCAACUAGUGAUGAUGACAACGAUGACAUCGAUGCAGCGCUCAAUGAUUUACAGGCAACUCUUGAAGGCUCAUCACUCACCACUCCAGGGCAACAGAAGAGUCUGACAUCAGUUCCAGAAAUAAAAGAUUAUCUUCAUUUGGUGAAGCAUAAAACAUUUGGUUCGAAGAAAAAGAAGUACUGGUUUGUCUUCAAAGACACCAUCUUGUCACUGUUUAAAUCUCAAGAGGAAGCUUUUGGUCAAGCAGUUCAAAAGUUUAAUCUGAGAGGUUGCGAGAUCAUCCCAGAUGUUAAUGUCAACAAAGAGAAAUUUAACUUCAAAGUUAAGCUCCAAGAAUCAGAGGAUAUUGAAAUCUGCUGCUCUUGUGAAUCUCAGUAUUCUAAAUGGAUGGCAGCCUGUCGCCUGGCAUCCAAGGGGAAGACUAUGGCUGAUUCUGGAUAUGAUGCAGAGGUCUCUGGUAUCCAGGCCUUCCUCAGCAUGCAGCAUGAUAAGGGGGAUGCCACGCCCCUUAGUCCUGGACAAAUUCCCAUUCAGCCGGAAGAUUUCGUUGGUCCAAGAAUGUUGAAAAAAUACAAAGCUAAGCAGAUUGCUGCUCGCAUUCUUGAAGCGCAUUCUUCUUUGAACAAAAGCUCGUUGGUUGAAUCUAAAAUGCUCUAUGUAAGACAAUGGCAGGCGUUGCCAGAAUUUGGUCUCUCUCAUUUUGUCGUUCGAUUCCGCGGCUCAAAGAAAGAGGAAAUCCUUGGAAUCGCAUUUAACAGAAUAAUGCGAAUCGACCCGACAAGUCGUGAAGCAUUAAAGACCUGGAGAUACAGCGUGAUGAAAGCUUGGAACGUAAACUGGGAGACCAGGGAAAUGGUUGUCCAAUGUGAAGGGGAGACCAUUACGUUCGCGUGCACGAGUGCAGACAUCAAAGUCAUUCACGAAUUUAUUGGAGGGUACAUCUUCAUGUCAAUGAGAAAAGAUGUCAAUCAGCCAUCUAACGAAGAGCUGUUCUUCAAACUGACCGGGGGUUGGGUGUAGUCUGCUUCCUGUUCGAGUCAUUUCUUUUUUAUUGGCAGUUGAUGAAGCGAGUAUGUUUCUCUGGCUUCUCUUGUUACCUGUUUUUGAUUGAAUUUAUGUGUCGCCAAGCAAAACCAUCUAUCUCCCUUCUUGUAGCAGUGCUUAAAGUGCGGGAAAACGCGGGUGACCAAGUUGUGAUUGGUUUUAGUUUUGCAUCUGAUUGGUUUAGAGUGGCGCGAGUUUUCUGGACCAAUCACAGAGCGAAGUGAUGCAAAACUAAUGGAAUCUCGGAUUACUUUCCAUACUCAAUUGAAAAUUGUCAUUCUCCAUCAGACUGAGGUAAACUAGCUUCGUGUUGUGUCAUCUAUGUCUGAUAGUUCCGGGAGGAACUGAUAUUAUUCUACCCGUGAAUGGGUGGAGACACAAACAAGAACAGAGCAUGACAUCUGUCUAUCAGACUUCU